AGGAGAAGCGGAAGCUGAGGGGUCUUCCAUCUCGUUUGGGAUGAGAUUUUAACAGCGGCAGCAGCAGAAGCGAGGAAGAGGAAGCAAAAAAGAAAAGAAAAAAAAGGAUUUUUUGUUUUUUAAUGAGAGAGAGGAUAGAGAGGGAGAGCUCGGAGCGAAAAGUCUUAUCAUAAAUCCUCCAAAAAUCUCGUUUUCCGAUGCAUUCGGAAGAAUCGAUCCUUUCUGUUUCGUAGGAAUUUAUUCGGAAGAGCAAGUGGAGAAUUAGGGUUUUUGUUUAAAAAAAAGUCUUUUCGAGUAGAUGGAAUCGCAGAUUGUUCUGAAGUGAAACGAUGAGGGCUGAAAGAUAUUUUGUUGGAGGAGGAGGAGAAGAGGAGGAAAAGGAGGAGUUCUUUGAUUUGAGAGACGAUGUUUCAACGGUGUAUGAUUCAUGCCCUGGUAGUCCUGGUCGUCGAGAUUCUUGUUCUGAUGAGAAUUUCAUUAGUGUUAGUGAUUCUCUGUACCGGGCUUGGAUUGGAGAUUUGAUCAGUGUGCAGGGGCGUCGGAAGAAGUUCUUGAGAUGGAUGGGUUUGGAGCUUCGCAGUCCUCAUGAAGAUUGUGUUAGUCUGGGGGGUGAUGUAGUGAAUGAUGACAUGACAUUGCCCAUCGAUAGAGCCACUUCAGAUGGUCAGGCUGUUCUUCCGAGGAGCUCCGAUUCGAAUAAUUGGACUUCCAUGUGCAGCUCAUCCAAUGACAACACAAUGCUCAUGGUGGAUGACUCAGGCAGGGAUAAUAAUGCAACAAGCAUUUGUGAUGCUGGUUCAGACCGGAUAACAUCAGUCGAUGAGUUUGAGAGAAGUCCUGGUAUAUCAUCUUUUGUUCGACAAGUUAUGCAGAGAGAUGGCAACAGAUCAAACAAUUCCAAGAAGACGGCAAGGAGGAGGAGGAUUGGAUGGUUGUGGAGAUUGGGAGCUGUGGCCUGCAUUGUAGAUAGACAUUGGGAGGAGAAUAGUUUAAGUCUUUCCACUUCUCAUCAAAGUGGCAGUGCUAGUAUCCGAAGAGUCAGGGUCCGUGCAUAUAAGAAGCGAUCCAAGUUAUUCUCUGCACUUUAUGCGGGGCAAAAUAUUAAAGCCCAUGAUGGUGCAAUCCUGACCAUGAAGUUUAGCCCUGAUGGACAGUAUUUAGCCAGUGGAGGUGAAGAUGCAGUCGUGUAUGUGUGGUGUGUAAUGGAGAGUGAGCGAACAGCUGAAAACGAUAUCCCCAAAAACGAUCACUCUUGCAUAUACUUUUCAGUUAACCAUAAUUCUGAAUUAGUUCCUUUACAUGCCAAUGACGAGGAGAAAAAGGGAAAGCUGUGGAGUAUGAGGACAUCGGAUUCAGCUUGUGUAGUUGUACCUCCAGAUGUCUUUCAAAUAUCUGAGAAGCCAAUCCAUAUAUUCCGUGGGCAUGAAGGGGAUGUGUUGGAUAUUUCAUGGUCGAAGAGUAAGUAUCUGCUUUCAUCAUCUGUGGAUAAAACUGUCCGACUGUGGCUAGUGGGAUGUGACGACUGUCUCAAAGUUUUUUCUCAUAAUGAUUAUGUAACCUGUGUUCACUUCAAUCCUAUCAAUGAAAUAUAUUUCAUGAGUGGCUCUAUAGAUGGGAAAGUACGUAUCUGGGAGAUUUCAGGAUGCCAGGUUGUAGAUUGGACAGAUAUUAGAGACAUAGUCACUGCAGUAUGUUACCAUCCAGAUGGAAAGAAUGGAGUAGUUGGCUCCAUGUCAGGCGAUUGCCGCUUUUAUGAUGCAACAGAUAAUCAGCUACACCUAGAAGCUCGCAUCUCCCUGCUGGGUAAAAAGAAGUCACCUUACAAGAGGAUUACUGGUUUUCAGUUUUGCCCAUCUGAUCACCGGAAACUAAUGGUCACUUCUGCUGAUUCAAAGGUUCAAAUUCUUCAUGGGGUUGAUAUUGUUUGCAAGUACAAGGGUCUUCGGAAUUCUGGAAGUCAGAUAUCUGCCUCAUUCACUUCUGAUGGGAGGCACAUUAUUUCUGCCAGUGAGGACUCGUAUGUCUAUGUCUGGAGUUACAGUAGCCAGGAUGCACCUAGAUCAAACCAAGGGAGCCGCACACGGUCUUGUGAGCGUUUCUUCUCCAGCAAUGUAUCAGUUGCAAUACCCUGGCAAGGCAUGGAAUCGAGAGGUCCAGUUUCCGACCUCUCUCAGUUUCUUCCACUCCAACAAGUUCCUGACAACCAAAGCCAGCCAGGCUUAAGGGGUGACAACUCCCUGUCUAUGUCUUCUGGUAGUUUUAGUCGUGAGUUCUCGGAGUCUUUGCCCAAGGGUUCGGCAACUUGGCCAGAAGAGAAUCUUCCCUCGAGCUUGAUGACCCCACCUGCAUUGCCAAAAUCCCAAUACAAGUUCCUGAAGACCUCUUGUCAAAACAAUUCUCAUGCCUGGGGUCAGGUGAUUGUAACCGCUGGAUGGGAUGGGCAGAUCAGAUUGUUCCAGAACUAUGGAUUACCAACUCAUGUGUGACAAUCUUCUAUCAACAGUUAUCUGGGAGUUUGAAAUCCUAAGAGUCGAUGCUGAUCCAGCUUCUAAUGACAUGACACAAAGAACGCGAUGUGCUUGGUGCUUCUUCCAAGUUGGUUGUGCACCAGAACAUCAACCAUCUGGGCGGUGCUAAAGAUUCGAACCAGAGAGGAGGGGCCCUUGAGGAUUUUGACAGGGCCAAUGGAUGAUGGGGCUCUGUGGGUGAAUUAUUGGUUGAUUUGUGCAUCAUAGGCAGGAUUUGGGAGUAGGGGUCUUUCAACUAUGGGGCCCUUGACAUGAUUUUUGGAGACAAUACUGUCAUUAUGUUGCGACAAACAACAUUUAUGUGGUGAAGCAGCUGCUUUGGCGCCAAGUUGUGAGAUUACGUUGUUGGACAUACAAAUAUGGUUAAAUAAAAUGCAAUUCUUUGAUUUAUUUUAUCUACAGAUGCUCAUGGAUGGCUACUUGGAGUGGAGGUUCCAUGCACCGGGAUGGUUUCAGAUUUCUUGUGGGGUCUAGGGAGAGGUGGGAGUUGCAGAUGUGGUUAAUUUUGUUAAGAGAGAUGAGCUCAGGGAUUCAUCGAUGCCUCACUAAUUUGUAUGCAACUGCAUGAUCAAGGGGGUUGGUUUUCUGAUGUUUCAAACUCUUUCCUGGUUUUCCUCCAGGUCUUGCUGGUUCAUUAAUAAUCUUUUCUGAAUAUGGUUUGGGUCUUGAGAAAUUGUAGAAUGGCUGAUGGUGAUCUCUUCCUGGAUUUGAUUCCUUAGGCUUGAGAAUUAUUGGGUGAUGGAGAUCUAGCAUAGCCCUUAAGGGACUCGAGAAUUAUAAGAAUGGCUAGAACUGGCUAAUUAUUUUACGCCACUUCUGUAAGUAUAAUCUUUUGAAAUUGGAUAUCUUGGGUCAUGCAAUUCAUUUGUAGGGUGUCAGCAGGCUGGGCUAGUCCAUCUCACAGUCUGACCAAGCUCGGCGUAAGAUCAUUAACAGGAGCUGUUUAUGCGACAUGCAUGGGUUUAGCAAACCUAAAUCUUUACCAGGUCUGUUCCAUUUACAUUCAUAAUGUUUUAUCCUAGAUGUAAUCUGACCCAACUCUUGGGUCCACAACUAGUUGAGAAGUCUCAUGUUGUACUGAUUCCAGUCUAAGCUAUGGAAUCGUUGUUGAUUUCAGACAGCAAAUAAACCAAAGAAAGCUGGUGCUUGGUUCGUCAUCAAUUUGUUGUUUCCCACUGUAUUAUUUCUUGGA